UCUCACACAGACCGCGGGGGAGCGGGGGGAUCAUGUCGACCCCGGCCAGGAGGAGGCUCAUGCGGGACUUCAAGCGAUUGCAAGAAGACCCACCUGUGGGUGUCAGCGGCGCACCAUCUGAAAACAAUAUCAUGCAGUGGAAUGCAGUUAUAUUUGGGCCAGAAGGCACACCCUUUGAGGAUGGUACCUUUAAACUAGUAAUAGAAUUCUCAGAAGAGUAUCCGAAUAAACCUCCCACUGUUAGGUUCUUAUCAAAGAUGUUUCAUCCAAAUGUCUAUGCCGAUGGUAGCAUAUGUUUAGAUAUCCUCCAGAAUCGUUGGAGUCCAACGUAUGAUGUGUCCUCUAUUUUAACAUCAAUUCAGUCUCUGCUGGAUGAACCUAAUCCCAACAGUCCUGCCAAUAGCCAGGCAGCGCAGCUUUAUCAGGAAAACAAACGAGAAUAUGAGAAAAGAGUUUCAGCUAUUGUUGAACAAAGCUGGAAUGAUUCAUAAUAGACAACUGCUCUGUUCAUCCUCAUCAUCAUUGUUGUGUAUAAUUUACCUCUCAGUAGAAAGGCUACCAGAAAUUUUAAGUGCCACAGGUUUUAAGGAUUUGCAUACCUAAUGUGUCUGCAAAAAAGAAAAAAAAGCCCUUCAGUUUAGAACCUUUAAAAGCUUGUGUAUCUUGAUUAAUGUACUUUUUAUUGCAUGGUAUGAACUAAGUUAUUGCUACAUAAAUUUGUAAUAUAUCCUGUUUGUAUUUUUUUUCCAAGUGUAUAAUGUUGGUGUGAAGUUUUCAUGACAGAAUAUACACAUUUUGUAAAUCUGUA